UUCUGGACCAUAUUUAAGAGAGCUCUAAGAAAUAGUUGUAAGAUGUGAAGAUAUGUGUUCACAUCUGAAAGGUGUCUGUAGGUUAAAAAAAAUGUUUCAGAUGAGAAUAAGUAAUAAAACUGCAGCUAGAGGUCAGCAAAUGGUGGCAAAUAAAUACUGUGCUCUUCCUCCCUGCUUUUCUCUCUCUCUCUCUCUCUCUGGAGUUUAUGGUGUGUAAACAUGAUCCUGAACUCGAACACUGUGUCCUGGGUAUUGAGUAACUCUCCAACCCUUGCACCCCUGCACUCCAAACCUCUGUGUGUUUUCCAAGUAUCCGGAUACAUCAGUCUGUCAGCUCCACCUGACAUAUGACAAGCCAUGGUGAUGACCUCAUAUCCUCCCCUCCCCCUUCCUUUCCUUUCUCUCCCUUGUCCUCCCAUCAGUCUCACACAGACUGUGUAUAGACAGUUACGCUGUCAUUAGCUGGAAUGUCCCACUGACACAGAAACAGAGGGAGGGACUGAGACAGAGGGGGAGAGAGACUGAGUACGACAAACUGAAAGCAGCAGACAACUAAAGUGGAAGCACUCGGAUUGUCCGAAAAACGACUGAGGGGGAAAAAAUGAGAAGAAACUGAAGUACAAGGAGGAGAAAGACAGUGAAGGAGUCAUCAACAGCGAGAGGAAUAGAGCUAGAGAGUAGUGCUGCUGUUCUCCGACACCUAGACAAAACAGUGGUGAGGAUUUCACUAAACCACAGUGACACCACAGAUGAUCCGACACCACAGAUGAUCGCUGCUCUCGCUCACAAAAUGGCUUCCAAGGAACGCAGAGGAUGAGUCGGAGCCUAACUCACGAGGGAGUGUCUGCCUGUCUGUCGUCCUGUGAAUGUGCUUGCCUUAAUCUGUGGGCAUUGUUUUGUGUGUCUGAUGGGCAGCAGUAGCAGCAGCAGGCUGUUUGGUACCCUGGCCCAGACCCUGAACAGUGCUCCACUGGCCCAGCAGGACUACGACCCAGAGCACCAGGACUCAGACCAGGACCCGGAGGGCCUGGAGCAGGCCGACCCAGACCAGCUGCUCAGGGAGUGCGAGAAGAUCCUCCAGAACCGGCCGGCCCGACCACACAGGGACCUGGUCUACCCUGUAGACCCUAAACACCAGCACCAAUACAGGAACAAUGAGCAACAGCAAACACCAUCUAUACGGGUCAUGACAUGGAACAUCCUAGCUCAAGCUCUAGGGGAGGGUAAGGAUGGCUUUGUGCAAUGUCCUCUGGAUGCUCUGAACUGGGCUGAGAGGAAGUACCUGAUCCUGGAAGAGAUCCUCACCUACCGCCCUGACAUCCUGUGUCUCCAGGAAGUGGACCACUACUACGACACCUUCCAGCCCAUCUUGGCCAGCCUGGGCUACCACAGCACAUUCCUUCCCAAGCCCUGGUCCCCCUGCCUGGAAGUGGCCAGCAACAACGGCCCUGAUGGCUGUGCGCUCUUCUACCGCCGUGCCCGCUUCAGCCUCCUCCACACCUCCCACCUGCGCCUCUCUGCCAUGAUGCUGCCUACCAAUCAGGUGGCCAUCGUGCAGACGCUGCGUUGCCGGGAGACGGGCCAGAGGCUGUGCGUGGCUGUGACCCACCUGAAGGCGAGGAGUGGCUGGGAGAGGCUGAGGGGGGCCCAAGGGGCUGACCUGCUGCAGAGCCUAAAGGCUAUCACCUCGAGGGCGGCUGGGUCAGACCCAGUCAGUAGGGGACCUGGGGGAGGGAGUGGGACAGAGGGGGUGCCUCUGCUAGUGUGUGGGGACUUUAACGCUGAGCCCUCAGAGGAUGUGUACAGGCGUUUUAUCUCCUCCCCCCUGGGUCUGGACUCCGCCUAUAAGCUGCUGAGUGCAGAUGGGCAGACGGAGCCGGCCUACACUACCUGGAAGAUCCGUCCCUCGGGGGAGAGCUGCAGUACACUGGACUACAUCUGGUACUCUCACGGUGCUUUCACUGUGGACACCCUGCUGGACAUACCCACUGAGGAACAGAUAGGACCUGACCGCCUGCCCUCAUACCACUACCCCUCCGACCACCUCUCACUGCUCUGUGAUGUCAGCUUCAGGGAGCCACGGGAUCAACCUCAUAGGCUGAUGUAGGUUGCCUAUCCGAGGCUUCGUGCAACAGGGUCCCAGUUCAGGACAGUCCUGGAAGAAUCGACUGGAUCAAACAACAUGUGGGAGUGUGAUACUGGAGAAGUGAAUGCUUAUUUUACUUGAACUGGUGCUGAAAUUUGAUUCUGCAGACUUUACACCAGAGAGUAGUUAUUUAUUUUUUAAACCAGUACUUGUUUUCUGUCAAGUGAGAUGUUAUCCCUCAUGAUCGUUUUUCUUCAUAUGAGGUGUAUAACUGGUUUAAAGUAAUUGGAGAAUAGGAUCCUAUCAAUACUGUAACUGAUAUUAUUUUCAGUGCUGUGGCAACAAGAAUGCCAAUGAGCAUGUCAAAAUAAAAUACUUACAUUCUGA